ACACACACACACACACUGCAUCUAUCCACAUUGACUUCAUGAUCUGUGAAGUCCCUGCCAGGUCCAGCUGUUUGGACCACAGUCCCAUCCCUGUCCUUCCUGGGUGUCCCUGCUUUCCCUUUCGUCCCCCCCUGAGGGACGGAUUGAGACCUCCUCCAGCACUUCAUCCACCACUGACCAAGAGCCUCAGCUGCACUUUUUCCUCUCUGCUUUUUUAAAAAUAGGCUGGGAUAUCAGGCUGGACAGCUAAGAGACCUGCACGCAUCUUGGGGAUUAAGGAAUGUCUCUGCACUUCCCAGAUCCUUCAUAUCUGUGUGAAUGUGUGUGAGUAAUUGUCUGUGUGUGUCUGUGUGUGUAUGUAAAGAGAUAGAUCCAGUAUUAGUAGCUGAAGAGGGGAUCUUGUGUCCAGAUGAGAGAGUGGACAGAGUUGGAGAUGAGCUUUUCAGCAGGGGGGUUUCUCUCCGCCUCGGAUGGUUACUGCUCCAGCGAGCAGCUCCAGUACUACGACAUGCUGGCAGACCCUCUGGGCUACCCCCUGCAGGAACCUGACUUCCAGCUGCUCCCUUACAGCCAACAACAGUACACCUCUGCAAACCUGCCCUUCUCCCUCUACGGCUCUUCGCCCUCCUCUACCUCCUCACCGUCCUCCUCUUCGUCCUCCCAGCUCUGCCAUCCCCCGUACCACUACAACUCUCACUGUCUGGAGGUCCCCUGUGACACCGGCCCCGAGCCCUACUGUGCGGGCCUGGGUCAUGGGCUCGGAGCAGUCGGGCUGCCUCUGGGGCGGAGGUCGCGGUUGGGGUCGGGAGGGAAGAGCAGAGGUCAGGACGAGCUGUGUGUGGUGUGUGGAGAUAAAGCAUCGGGGUAUCACUACAACGCUCUCACCUGUGAGGGAUGCAAAGGUUUCUUCAGGCGUAGUGUCACUAAAAAGGCUGUGUAUCACUGUAAGAGUGGGGGGGCGUGUGAGAUGGACAUGUACAUGAGGAGGAAGUGUCAAGACUGUCGGCUGAGGAAAUGCCGUGCUGUGGGAAUGCUGGCUGAGUGCCUUCUGACCGAGGUGCAGUGUCAGUCCAAGCGACUGAGGAAAGGAGGUAAAGGCAGAGGACAGGAGGAAGAGGAGCUGACGGACAGCAGGAGGGUCAGCUCCACCAGCAGACUACCUGGACAGACUCUGUCCGCCAGUUUAACCCAGGAGCAGAAGUACAUAGUGGACCGGAUGGUGGAGGCCCAUCGUCUGUACAGAGCUCAGAGCAGCAGCCACAGCAGGGUAGGUCACAGUGUGGAAACUAUAACGCUCCCAAAUCAACAUCUUUCAUGUUGUCCUCAUGGUUUCUUGUGUGUUGGUCAGUUGUUCGAGUGGCCUUACACAGAGGAAGUGGAGGGUCUGUCUCAUGUCGUGUCACCACACCUGGACAGACUGCUGCAGUUUGCCAGGACAGUACCAGGUUUUGAGCUCCUGGAUUUUUCCGAUCAAAGCUCUCUGUUGUCUGUCUCCUCACUGGAGAUCAUGUUUCUGCUCUCAGCUCAGCAGUUCUCCAAUAAUCCCUCAAGCCCGAUUCCAGCCCUGCAGGUUUUCAGUACAUCAACACACAACUGGCUGAGAAAUGUAGACUCAAAGGAAAACAUCCACAGUAGGACGCUGGUCGACUCAGGAAGCAGUGAGGAUCUCUUCGGCCCGGUGCUCACCUUCUUCCACAGCAUGAAAACUCUGCGGGUGACGGAGGCAGAGUACAGCCUGCUCGCUGCCACAGCUCUGCUCUGCUCAGACCGGGCAUCCCUGCACAUCGCCAGCUGUGUUGAGAAAAUGCAGGAGCUGAUCCUGGACCUGCUGUCCAGGGUGUGUGGGGCCCAGCCUGACGCCACGCGAGGGGGACCACAGCGGUUUGGCUGCCUGCUGGGCAGACUGACGGAGCUCCGCACCCUCCGUCACAAUUACCUCCUGCUGACCAGACAGCAGCCUGGACCCUGACGGAGAGACACACCACCUUCUUCACCUCUGGAGAGUUUCAUGAGUUAAAUGCACUUGAUGCUCAGGUCUGAGCUGAGGAAUUGGACAAAAAGUGCCUUGGAGGAUGUGAUAUUUUGGAAAAGCUUUCAUCUGAUAUUGAUGACAUUUUUCACAUGAUUUCAGUCAAACACUCAAUAUUGAAUUUUAGCACUGAAUGUGAUCCUGGACUGCUCUAGUUUUUUUGACCAAAGAAAUGUUGAUAGGUCUUUUCAUAAUUGUUUUUAGCCGACAUACUUCUCACUUUGAUAAGUGUGUUUAGAAUAGAACAAAUAUGCAGGGAAGUAAUUUUUUUUGGACUGAAAUUUCCCUAGAAAAACACAAAACAGCAGUUAAAAUAUCUCAAAAUGUUUUUAAUUCAGCAUUUAUUUCCCAAAAAGGAGGAAAUACCGGUUCAGACAAAAUAUUUGGUGAGCAGGUGAAAUAUGCAGGUAGUACAAGCUUAUAAAGGUGUAUUUGUCCAUUUGAUAAAAUGGGGCUCUCAACAAUAAAUAGACACUUCUGGGGGGUCGUCAGUGAAUGAUGGCGAUUGGUUCUGAGUCAAAUCAUAAACCAAACGUAAAUUAAUCUGUUCAAAUGUUGGCUGUAUGUUUUAUUUUUUUAAAACCUCACUCCAUUUGUUUAAAAUAAAAUUUAAUUCUCAACUUUUAACCAAUAUAGCUUUAUUUCUAUAGUUCUGUCUUCCAUAAAUAAAUUAUUUCUCUCUGUAUUAAAAAAGAGAAUUCAAAUAUAAA